AUGCAGCGGUUCUUCUCCGCUAGCAAGAUCCAACUCGCAAAACAACGAAUCAACUCAUUUUUGCAUGAACCUGACGAAUCCUUGCGUGAAGCUUGGGAUCGUUUUCAAGGAUAUCAGAGAACAUGUCCUCACCAUGGAAGGGAUAAAAGGUACCUUAUUUCCACUUUCUUGCAGGGAUUAAAGGAGGAUACUCGGAUUCUUAUUCGAGUAGCAUGUAGAGGAAGCCUCAACGAAAAGUCAUUCGACUUCAUAGAGCAACAGAUCAACAAGAUGGCCAACGAGUGUGCUCCUUCUCACGAGUUUAUCAGAAACGUUAGCCUCAAAGACAGUCGUGCAGGUAAGGAAAGUCUAUCUGAAAUUCAGGCAUUACGUGCAGAAUUGGCAAAACUUAAAAUGCAGGUUGAGAAUGUCCAUCAGAUCUCAGACUUAGACACAUCAGCCAACGGGUACAUGAUCUACUACGUCUACUACGUAGAUAACAACCUGUACUCGAACGUGUACAAUCCAGGAUGGAAGAAUCAUCCAAACUUCUCGUUCAAGAAUUCUUCCAACGUCUUGAAUACUCCCCAUGGAAAUUUCGGUGGUUCGGCUAAUCAGGAUCUUUCUCAAGGACAUCAACCUCGACCUCGAGUAGAUUCUGCCCUCGAUCUUAAAUCUAUGUUUGCACAGCUUCUGCAGGGUCAAGAAAUAAUUCGCAUUGAGAUGCGUGAACAUCAACAAGAGACCGACACUCACUUGAAGCUUGUCGAUAACCAGAUAGCUCAACUCGUGACCUCUAUACCUUCGCGAUCUCAAGGAUCACUUUCCGAUACUCCAAUUAAGAUGUCAUGUGAAGAAGAACCAAAGUAUGUACCCCCACCUUCCAGACCUCCUCCGGUUCCAUUCCCUUCACGACUUGUGCAACACAAAAAGGCUAGCCAAUUUAAGCGCUUCACGGACAUGAUAAAGAAAUUGGAGUUCACAAUGCCUUUUCAUGAGGUAAUCACUCAAGUGCCCUCUUAUGCCAAAUUUCUCAAGGAUAUUCUGUCUAGGAAGAAGACAGUGGAGAGAAAGAUAGUAUCAUUAACCAAAGAGUGCAGUGCCAUUUUUCAGCACGGAGCAAGCGUAAGUCUAAUGCCACUGUCGAUCUUCAAGCAACUAGAUGUAGGUGAACUAAAACCCACACAAAUGAUAUUACAGUUGGCAGAUAGGUCGACCAAACAGCCUGCAGGUAUACUAGAGGAUAUGCCACUUAAGGUGGGUGACUAUUACAUACCUGUCGAUUUUAUGGUUCUUGAUAUAGAUGUAGAUUCAAGUAUGCCUAUCAUUUUGGGGCGUCUCUUCCUCAACACAGCAGAUAUCGUCAUACACGUCAGAGCUGAUCAUCUUACUAUGUCCAUUGGAGAUGAGACAAUAGAAUUCAUGCUCAAUCAAAAUGACAAUCCAGACGAAAGUGUGAAAUCUAUUUGUUUAGUUUACAAGCUCAAAACGCCCAAGAACCAGGACCAUAGACACAAGGUUAAGAGAGGACCAGAUCCAAAUAGGAUGAAAGGUAAGAAAGAAGCUAACAUGGUUGAGCAGGUCACUAACUCUUCAGACCAUCGUGAGAACUGGCUCGAAUCUCAUGCAUCACCACCAGAUUUUUCUCUACUAGGUACGCCUCGUUUCUCAAACUCAUUUUGUUGUAGAGAUGCUCUUAAACUUUAUGAUCCAGGUUGGCAGAAGAUCGAUAAUCUUCGCCUGUUAGACCCAUCCGAUAGUUGA